UUUCAGUGCUGGCAGUAAACUGACAGCAAUUUCGGAACACGGCCUUAGUAUAAUUUCUAUAUAAUAUAAAAGUGCUUGUAAAAAAAACAAAACAUAAAUAAAAACUCGUAUAUAAAACAAAUGUUUGCAAUAAUGGAAAAAGUGCGAAGAUAUGAGAAAAUUGACUUUUUAGGCGAAGGACAGUUUGCCACAGUUUAUAAAGCAAAAGAUGUAGAAACAAAUAACAUAGUGGCUGUGAAAAAGAUCAAAGUCGGAAGUCGUGCAGAAGCUAAAGAUGGCAUAAACAGAACUGCACUACGAGAAAUCAAAUUACUGCAAGAAUUAAAGCAUGAUAAUAUCAUUGGCUUAUUAGAUGUUUUUGGCCAUAAAUCAAAUGUGUCUUUAGUAUUUGAUUUUAUGGACACUGAUUUAGAAGUGAUAAUAAAGGACAACAAUAUAGUUUUAACUGCAGCAAAUAUCAAAGCAUACAUGAUUCAAACGCUGCAAGGCUUAGAAUAUCUUCAUUUUAAUUGGAUACUUCAUAGAGAUUUAAAACCAAAUAAUUUACUGGUAAAUUCAGAAGGUGUUCUCAAAAUUGGAGAUUUUGGUUUAGCAAAGUUUUUUGGAUCACCUAAUCGAAUAAAUACUCAUCAAGUUGUUACAAGAUGGUACAGAGCACCUGAAUUACUUUACGGAGCUAGACUUUAUGGAACUGGAAUUGAUAUGUGGGCAGUUGGUUGUAUAUUAGCUGAACUUUUGUUGCGAGUACCAUUUUUGCCUGGUGAAUCUGAUUUGGAUCAGCUCACUAGAAUAUUUCAGACACUAGGUACUCCAACAGACGAAACAUGGCCAGGAAUGUCCGAAUUACCAGAUUUCAUUCAAUUCAAGCCUUUUCCUGGAACACCACUGAAACAUAUAUUUACUGCUGCUGGUGACGAUCUUUUGGAUUUAAUCGCUAGUUUCUUGAAUGUGAAUCCAUUAGAAAGAUGUACAUGUGAUCAAGCAUUGCAGAUGCCAUAUUUCAGUAACAAACCUGCACCUACACCUGGAUCUAAAUUACCUCUACCUACGACCAUUAAACGUCAACGUGAAGAAAGACCUAGUUUAAAAAGAAAACUGCUCGAGUCAAUAGAAGGUGCCUCUUUAGCUAAAAGAUUGCAAUUUUAAUCAUGAUUGAUAUUAGUGGAUCAUUGACAAAUAUACAAUAAUCUAUCAGAUGAUUAAAGAAAAAAUUGUGAUAUCACAUGUGCAAGUGUUAUAUCAUAUUGCAGCAGAUAAUAUUAUAAAAAUACUAUACACUAAGAUUUUACUCAAAUAAUUUCUGUAUCUGCGUAUACACGUGAAAUAAUGUGCUUUAAGAUGUAUUUUUAUUUAUGUUUAUAAAUAUUCAAAUUCAAGACUUCUUAUAAACUAGCACAAAGUUUGAUGAAAACAUAUAUAAUAAUGACUCUAAUGUGUUUAGAGAAAUCUCUUUUCUGAGCAAAUCACAAUAUUUUCAAUGAUUAAUAAAGUGAUUAAUAAGGAUUGAACAAGGAAUAGGAAGAGUUGCGUAUAAUAGGUAACAAUAAUAUGAUGCGUGCGUUAGGAAAUACAACGUUUUAUGUUAUAUUAUCUUUAUUAACUUAAAAAUUAAUAAAAAACGUUUGAUAUUCGAGUGAUUUUAUAAGCUAUGAAACAUCGUAUUUGAAAUGAAUAAUAUGAAAGAAGCGAUUAGUUAAUCACAAACAUAAUAUUCUCGAGUAAGUUAUCUUUUAAGUUAGACUCAACUUCAUAUUAAGUACAAAUGUUCUGAUAUCAUAUUUCAAUUCACACCAAUAUGUGAUCAUGUUAAUAAUAUAUUUAUU